AUGAUUGAUGAAUUAAUAAAGAACAAUAAUGAUGAUGAUGAAGGAAUUGAUGGUAUCUUAUCACCAACCAAUGACAUACCCAGUUCUGUACCAUUGGCAGUGUUCUCCUUUGAAGACCUAUUAAAUCCAAAUGAAGAAACAAUUUCUUGUUCUUCUUCUAAGACAAAGGUUUCAGGGAAAGAUUUUGAAGAAGUUGAUGAACAUGAGUUUGGACAGGCAUUGAGGAGCACCACUACUACUAAUGAUGAACAACACAAGAACAAAUCAAAAGACAAAGCUAUAAUGACUGAUGAUUCAUUAACUCAAGUUGCGGCUUCAUCAAUGGAUGUUCCCUCUAUUAAUAUUGCACCUUCCCCUAUGAUGAUGAGUGUGGGAUCAAGUAGUAGAAUGGGUGUACCUAACCCUGUUCUUAACUCUGCAAUUUCUUCAUCAUCAAAUCCUGCUCAUCAUGUUCUCGAAUCCUCUGCAGUGCAAGCAGAAGUGCAUGAUACAAGUGGUGGUAUGUUGAUUCCAGGAAUAGAAGCUAUGUUUGGGAUUAACAAGAAUCACAGUUUUACUGAACCAUUAGUGAAUACUCAUCAUCACAAUCAAUAUCUCUCAUCAUCAUCAUCAUCACCAUAUUAUUCCUUGUUUCCUAAUUCCUCAUCACUUGGGAGUAUUAGAACUAUGCAUCAACUUGAACAAUAUCCAUCAUCUUCUUCAGCAAUAGCACCACCAAUAACUCAUAUGGGACACACCUCGCUCCUUCAAUUUCAAGACCCAUAUCCAUCUUCAUCAUCAGCAGCAGCACUAAACCCAGACUACUACUUUCUUGGUGCUGCUAGUAAUAAUAAUAAUGCAAGAAUAAUGGGAGGAAAUUACUCAUCACCAUCAAUGCUGUUUCCAUUUGAACCAUCCCCAUCAUUAGCAUCAGAAAAUGGAGGAGAAGGACCACAUAGCAUUGGAUACUUCACACAAUUGUUGCGAAAACAGCAACAACAAGCUACACAAGCUUACUAUAAUAAUCAGCAUCGCCGCCAUAUGCAUGCAGGGCCAACCACAUACCAUUUGCCUUACUCUUCUUCAAAGGAUUUCAAUCAGUAUGUUAUCUUUACAUGGGAGGGAUCUUUAAUUGCAAGUACUUACCCUUCUGGUGGAGUGUCCUCCUAUAAAGCAAAGGCCUACAGAAAAAAAUCGACACCAUUUGAGUAA